GACUGAAAUUCUUUGGGGCAUAGUAUUAACCAAGUUUUGGCAAAAAUUUGGUGUACAACAAUCCCAUAUUUCUUGAAGCUUUUGUCUAAGUUCGAUGAUUGUACGAGCAGGAUGUUGUCGUAGAACCUUUUUCAUCUCGUGCCACAAAGUUUCAAUAGUGGUACAUUAUUUUCUGUUUAUAGCCUUUUUUGAGGUAUGGCACGCUGCACCAUCUUGCUGAAACACAAAAUCUUGGCCGGAUGUCAAAC